UGUUUUGUAACUUAUACGCGUAUGUACUUAACAACACAUCUUCCUCUCCAAUCUCAAACCCUAGCAGUGCACAGCGCCGCAUCUAGAGAGACAAGAGUGAAGAUCUGAAACUCCGAUCCACCACCGUCUUCGCACACUCAGCCACCAUCUUCAAAGAAGAUGGCGCAAAGAGCUAGGAUCUUGCAAGGAACCCCGACUGGGAGCACACAAGAAUCUGCUGAACCACAAUCACAAAGUCAAAUAUUCAAUAUGGAUGAGUGUAGAAAAGUCAUUACACAUUUUGUUCUCAGUAAUGAAAAUGCAUUUAGAUGUGUAGGAAGUGAGGGGUUUAGACAAUGGGGUAGACAGUUACAACCACAAUUCACUGCCCCUUCACGGAGGACUAUUGCUAAGGAUUGUUAUAAACUUUAUUUGACUGAAAAACUGAAGCUCAAGACAUUUUUCAAAACUAAUUGCACUAGUGUAGCCUUAACCACAGAUUGUUGGACAUCACCUCAAAAACUUAGUUACUUGGUCAUUACUGUCUUCUUCACUAACAAUGAUGGGAAUGAUCAAAAACGAAUCAUUAGUUUCACUUUAAUUCUAGGUGACAAAGAGGACUUAGAGGACUCAAUUGCAAGAAAAGUUGAAGAGGUAUUGAGGGAAUGGGGAAUAGGAAAUGUGUCAAGGGUUUCAUCUGAGAGCACAUUUAGCAAGGGUGGUAGUGUUCUAAACACAUGUUGGAGUUCAUUGAGCCCACGUUUGGUAGAGGCUUUGAUAUGUACUCAAAGUUGGUUGAAUCUCUCGGUUGGAGUUAGUACAAGUGGGGCGUCUCGGUCUGGUACUGCUGGUGAAGCACUUCCAGCAGCUGGACCUUCUGUUUGAUUCCCUUUUAUGGGAUGCAUUUUUUUGAUAUUUUGGAGUCACAUAUGACUCAAACAUCACAUGCCACUCUUUUGAACCUCACAUUUUGGAAUGUAGCCUGCUUGUGAGCUUGGCUCCAUGUGAUUUCGAACGCUGAUAAAUGCUUAGCUGCCUAGUGAAAUAUGAUGAAGAUUAGUAAAUGCAACAACGUUCUUUUACAUGUGUUGAGCAUCAGCUGCUUGCAUUGCUACUGCUUCUAAAGCAUUGUAAAAUCCAUUUAUUUGUUAAUUUGGAUGAGGUUAUGUUGAUAAUAUUUGGCUGUGUUGUUUAGCUGCGCAUUGGACUUUAGCCAGCUUUAUAACUAUUAUAUAUAUAUAUAUAUAUGUAUUUAGGCUGUGUGAAAUUGUUGUGUCAGACUGCUCGAUCUGAAAAUUCAUCAUGUUGAUGGUUUAUGCCUUAAUGGUUGUAAUCUAUGUUUAUAAACAGCUCGUUACUUUAUGUAAACUGUAAAGCCCCCUGGCCUUGGACCUAAUAUGGCUUAAUUAUGACUUGCUUUGUAUGUGCUGGGUUGACUUUGGUAAUAUGGUUGUCAUAUUGAUGAAUGUGAUAUUUACUUUAUGUUAUGUUUAUAA